ACAAAGGCUUGCUUUUUGAAUCUGGGGUCCAGCUGCCUCUGAUAGGAGGUGGUUGUAUUCCGUCCUGUGGCACCUGUGUACCAUCGAUGCACAGAGUUAAACAUUUUUGUUAUUUGUUCAGUGGUUGUUGUGGUUCUCUGGAAGUUGGCGGUGACUCACUGCAGACCCUUGGCAAGAAUGAUGACUUUAGAUGCUGUUACAUAGCUGCAAGAUAGAGACACUUUGUCCACAGUUGGUUUAAUUUCUGCCAGAGCAUCUUUAACUACCAGGUUAAUGGUAUGUGCCAGACAUGAAUGGAGAGCCCAUGGAAUCUUCCGGAUUGCAGCGGUUAUGUUGCUUGCAUUGUCACUGACACAACACACCACUUCCUCCAUGACAUUCCAUUCUGUUGUAAUUCUGGCUAGUUCCUCUGCUAGGUUAUCAGCAGUGUACCGGUCAUUGAAUUCAAAACAAUCAAGCAGGCACGACGCCAUCUUUUAGUCCUCUACAAAAGGGCAUGUUACAGACAUGAAACUACACGUUGUUCUAGAAGUCCAGCAGUCUGUAGUGAGGCAAACUGCUGAUGCCUUUCACUUUUUAGUGCUGCCGGUAAAUCCUCAAACAGACAAGGAACUAUUGUGUUAGAAAGGGUUGUCCUGCUUGAAAGAACAUAAGCUGGACAGUAUCUGAAUCCCUUGUCCUCAACAAUGAUGUGGUUGGAAAUCUCUGGUAUCCAUAUUAGACAAUUCAUCAUCUAGCAUCUUCUUUGAUGAGUGGCACCGGCGUGAGCGCGAGUUUGGUCCUCUGCACGCGCAGCCUGUGUUUCUGCCCUCUCGACUCCAUCUUGCGUGCACCUGAGUUUUGAGACUGAUGUGACGCCAUAGAUACUCACAGGAUUGUCAGCCUACAUUGCCACUAAGCCAUGACGGAAAGCAAAAUCAAUGAGGCCUACGUCAACCUGAUGAGGGGUGUCCAGCAACUGGACCUCAUCGGGCCAAGCGUACCCAGCAACUUGGUUCUGAUCGGCCACGACGCCUUCCCGCUGGUCAUGAACGCCCGGGGACAGGUCCUGAUGGCCGCCUCCUUCUACGGUGAGGGCCGACUGGUGGUGCUGGGCCAUGAGGCCUACCUCACUGCCUUCCCCACUCUGAUGGAGAAUGCCCUGACCUGGCUGGCCGGUUCCCCGUGCUCCAGCACCAGGGUGGUCGUCCAUCCGGGCUGUAAGGGCCUGGCCGAUGCCCUGAGCGGCUCCAGCCUCCGGCCCGAGGUGGGCGCCUUCAGCAAGGACCACGGGGUGUACGUGACCGACGCUUACAGCGUGGGUCCCGACGUCAAGGAGAUGGUGGCUUUCCUGAAGGUGACAAAGGGCGGGCUGCUGAUUGCCGGACAGGCGUGGAGCUGGGAGCAAAAAAACCCGGGCCAGAACACCCUGCAGGAUUUUCCGGCGAACAAGGUGUCCAGUGUGGCCGGGAUCUACUUUUCUGAUCAACCCGGGGAGAUAGGCACUCUCCCUGUGCCUCCUCAGAUCCCUUCCAGCUGGCUCACAGUGCCGAUAGGCAAGGAUUUCAAGGAUGACCUAGAGUUCCUUCUUAAUGGCGUGUCUGAGAUUAAAAUACAUUCCAGGGCUAUCCCCUCCGAAGUUCUGGUGCACGGCCCACUGGCAUUCCCCAUCGGCGCCACACCAGACGGCCGGGCCUUUUUGGCCGGAGCGUACUAUGGUCAAGGCAGAGUCAUCGUGGUCACCCAUGAAAAGUACAUGGGCGAUGAGCAAAUGGCCCCUUUCAUGAUCAACGCCGUCCGCUGGUUGGAUAAGGGCCGCAAUGGCCCGGUUGGCAUCCUGCCACAGGUGGACUUCACCUUUCCCCUGCUGACCCAGUCGGGUCUGCCCUGCCAGAAGACCGGCUUCAAGUCCGACCUCAGUGUUUUUGUCAGCACCUGCUACCGUAGGGAUAACAUCGAGAACAUCCAGGACUUUGUGGCCGAGGGCGGAGGCCUGCUCAUAGGGGGCUACGCCUGGUACUGGGCCCAGACCAACCCGGGCCUGAACUCCAUGACGGAGUACGCGGGCAACCGCAUCCUCAACAAGAUGGGUCUCAGCCUGCUGGGGAACACCCUGGAAGACGGUUGCAUCAAAGCCCUGGUGCCGGGCCGGAGCGGCUCUGAGGGGUACCACUUCCGUCACCUGCUUCACCGCUUUGCCAGUCAUGUGACCAACGGCGAGGCGCUGACCGAGCACGAGAAGGCACGUCUGAAGAAGUUUGGCGGUGACUGCUCCGAGUACCUGAAGAUGCGGGCUUACGACUGUUCCUCAUACACCUCCGUGCUGGCCAUUCUCACUGACAUCCUGAAGAAGACGGGCAUCCCCAAGGUGGGCCAUGACAGCCCGGUGAAAAAUGCCAAAGAUCAACUGCUGCUCAGCCUGGUCACGGAGGUGUACAAGGCGUGCCAGGACCCAGACGCCCUUUUACCUUACCUGUUUAAGGACCUGACCUUAAAACCCGUCUAUUCGAAUCACAGGGUCUUGAUCAGCUGCAGCGCUGCAGAAAGGGAGCAGUGGCUCAGUACAGGUAUGUACCUGUACCCUGGGAUGAAGACCCACGUGUCCCUGCCGCAGGAAAUCACCGGGAGAGGCUGGCAGGUCCAGAUAGGCUGUCAGACCGACAACAUCGGCAGUGCCAGUGGGCUGCGGAGGGCGCCGGUGGUCCACAAGCGUUUUCCCAUCGACUCCCAGAUGAUGCAGGUGUGCAACCUGUGGGGGGGCCUCCUCUACCUGAUCGCGCCUCCCAAAACCCAGGUUGAUGGGGUGGAGGUAGUCUUUCAGCAAGUCGUGCCAGCCCCCUACUAUAAGUCUGGGGUGACCACACCUGCCGAAUGGGAGGUUCUGCGGAACGCCCCGUCCCCCUGGGCAGAGCUGGAGUUCCAGAACAUCAUCAUAACCCUCCCUUCUGAUGUCGUGCGAGGUCUGGACCGCCCCGACCUGUUGGCGGCGCUCUGGGACGACAUCAUGAGGGGGGUCGCUGACCUGGCUGUAAUCCCUGCCAAGUUCCCCCGCAAAGAGCGUUUUGUGGUCGAUGUCCAGAUUUCCUACGGCUACAUGCACGCGGGCUACCCAAUCAUGAUGCAGUCCGACGCCCCCUGGUGCCUGGUGGACCCCGUGGCCAUCUGCAGCUCGGGCACCUGGGGGGCCAUCCACGAGCUGGGCCACAACCAGCAGAGGGCAGCCUGGGAGUUCCCGUCCCACACCACUGAGUGCACGUGCAACCUGUGGUCCGUGUACGUGCACGAGGAGGUGCUGGGCGUGAAACGGGAACGGGCCCACCCCAACAUGACCCUGGAGAACCGUCAGUGUCGUGCCAGAGACUACGCUAAAGGAGGCCGGAACCUGGCCUGCUGGAAGAUGUGGGUUGCCUUGGAGACCUACAUGCAGCUCCUGGAUCAGUUUGGCUGGGACGCCUUCAAGAAGGUAUUUUCUGCCUACCACACCAUGCAGAAUGUACCCAAGGACAACAAGGGCAAGAUGAACCGUUAUGCUGAGACCUUCUCCCUUACCGUCAAGAAGAACCUGUCCUCCUUCUUCAAGGCUUGGGGCUGGCCCAUAGAACCAGCUACUGAACAGAAACUCUCCAACCUGCCCAUGUGGAGCGACCACCCCAUGGCCCAGUACGACUGACCUCAAGCCGCGGUGAAUUACUUAUGUUUGUGGUAAAAGGUCAGAGGUUACAGGCCAGAGGUUGCUUGUGAAGGGUCGGUUCUUUUUGGCGUGGUGUUACGGGGACUGGAGUUCUGCUGGGCCAUGGUAGAAAUGUUGUGCCAAGACAAAAAUGAUUGGUAUCACUUUACAAUAAGUAUACAUAAAUAUACAUGUAAUAAUGCAUUAAUAAACAUGAAAUAAAGAUUACUUGAUGCAUCUAAA